CGUGUAUUUCGACAACUUAAAGUUUCUGCUGGCUGGAAGAACUGUAGACUGUUCCCCCUCUUCUAUUUUCAUCACUGCCUGAUUAGCUUCGAAUUGAGGAAAAAUAACAGCACUCUAAUUGAAUUUGUUCUGUCUAUGAUGAAUCAACAAAUAGCUCUUCUGGGUGUAAGAGAUGCUAACAUUCAAAAUCUGAACGGAAAGAAAUUUAGUUGUGAGCCUGUCAAAUUCAGAGUAAGAAAUUUGAAGAAAAGAGAUUUGCCUCAAGUUUUAGACAUUUACAGGGAAACUGGCUGGCAUAUAAGCCCCUAUAGUCUGCAGAUGUGGCAAGAAGUCGACCCUAACAGUUUGAAAGUGGCUGUCACUGACAAUGGAAUUGUUCUGGGGUUCUGUUGUGCAGUGCGUCUACAGCAAAAUUACUGCUUUGUUGGCUUUUAUACUGUUAAGAAGGCAUAUAGAGGGAUGGGAGUUGGUAAAAAGGUUUGGGAUGUUUGCAUGGAUCACUUAGGAUGUAGAAACGCAUCUCUGAAUGGCGUUCCAGACAAAGUAAGCAUGUACCAAACGAAAGCUGGUUUCCCUCUCCUUGAGGAAGAUCUCCAAGUGCAAGAAAACGAUACGCUCGAAGAUAUAAUCCACCCCGAGAAUCUCGAAGAUUCUCUACCAGACGAUGUCAUAAUCGUUCCGUACCACGCAUCUUACCUACCUUUCAUUUUCGAUUACGAUUUUGAAAUCUGUGGAUUUAAUCGAGAGCUGGCAUUGGAACUGAGCUUUAAAGCAAAAGAAACUAAAACUCUAAUAGCGUUCAAAAAUGGAGUAUGUGUUGGAUUUGGAAGCAUAAAACGCAGUAUAUUAAAUGUCCCGCUAAUCGCACCAUUGUAUGCUGAUCAUAUAGCCGUUGCCGAAACCAUGAUGAAAAGGCUGAUGAUGUCUUUUCCACUGAAGAAAGGACUUUAUUUGGCCUCAUUCACUCAUAAUAAAGCUGCCACAAAUUUGAUAAGGAAAAUUGGAUGCCCUACAACUUACAAACUCCCUCGUCUUAGCAGGCGUCAACAUAAUUUUAAAGUACCUGUUGACAAAGUUUAUGCUCAUUUUGACAUAAAUGCCUCUCCAGUAUGAACUAGAAUGGCAAAAUUUUCGAAUUACUUAGUUCGAAAUCGUGCGAAUAAAUAUACAUAUCCUUUAUAUUACACCUUUUCUUCAUAACUUCUUAUGCUAUUUUAGAAAAAAAAUUUUUUAUACAUUUUA